AUGGCGGCCUCCGUUAAAAAGAUGGCUGGUGUUUCUGAGGACUCCAGCAGUAGUGACGAUGAGGCGAUGAGAAGAUGUCAGGAGGCGGUUUGGGAACAACCAGCUGUAAAGGAGAAAGAAGGAGGCAGCAAAGUGAAGGAGUCAAAACGUGUUGUCGUCGCUGACCAUGAACACGAUGGUAACGAGCUCCAGGUCAGCCAAGGGUUUCGAACGCAUGUUGCUAAAAAGUUGGGCGAUCUUCUUGACAGUUGCAUUACAGAAUUGCAGACCGAAACUUCAUUCUGUGUGGAAUCAGCAAAAUGUGAUGAUGAUGAUGAAGGAUUUCGUCUGUUUUCUACAUCAGUCUCCGGACAGAAAGCUGAGGAGCCUCCAGCUCCCAUGAGACGGCGACCGGUUCCUAGCUCAAGUGACAGUGACAGUGACAUGGAAACACGGCUGAGAGAAGCAGCGGUGUCGGUGAAAGAUCUUUUACCUUCUUUGACUCUCUCCUCUACACUCUCACCUCCCUCAUCUGAGCCUCCAUGCUCUGGAAAAGUAAAGAAACAGAAUAAGAAAAAAACGGCAGAGGUAGAAGAGAAUCAUGUUAAGAAAAAGAAAAAGAGGACACAGAAUCAAGAGGAGAGUGUGCAGGUGGACCGUGCAAGUUCUCCUGUUAAUGCUUACAGCAAAGGUGAGCACGGGAACUCAGAACAGGAGCGCGCGCAAGUCAAAGUAAAACGGAAAAAGAAAAAGCGAGAAGGAAACACAGAGGAAGAAGCUUUGAACUGAACUUCUUAUGAGCAUCCUUUACUGUUACAGGAUGUUUGUCUAUGUUCUACUCUGCUGUAUUCUGUCACAAGCUCAAAAUGAGUGGAUGGUGAAAUAUUAUUCAAAAUACUUUGAGGAUAUUUUUUUAAGCCAUGAGUUUUUUUUUUUUUGUUUUUUUUUUUAUUAAAAAUCUUUUAAUACCAUUUCCAUGGUUCUUGUAGCUUUUACUUUGUCAUGUAAGAGACUCAGACAGGUUAGAGCGUGAGUUUAAAAAAAUAAUCCAGGUAACAUCCAGAUUACAAGUUUCAACUGAAUU